UGCGCCGUCCCCUGUAGUCUUACCCAUUCUCUAUCUUGUUUUCUGUUCCCAACCUGUCACUUCUGCUUUCUGGUAGAAGCUGUGAUGAAAGCAUGUGGAUUAUAGGCAUCAAGAGGCCCAAGGGAAGUCUCAGGCGGAAGCUUGAAGAUUCUGUUACUGAAGGUGGGAUGGAAGGGUGAGAGCUGUGGUAAUGAACGGGGAUUGGAGGAAUCUGGGGAACAGGACAUGGUGGUGUGGCUGUAGUCCUGGCACUCAGAAAACAAAGGCAGGAGGAGUGUGAGGUUAAGGCCGGCCUGAGCAUCACAGCGAGACAUUGUCUCUAUGAUGGCAAUGAUGAUGGUGGGGGUCAUGACGAUAUUGAUGGUGGGGAUGGUAAUAGUAAAAUAGUGAUGAUGGUGGUGGUGAUGGUGAAGGUGAUGAUGGAGAUGACAGUGACGAUUCCAAAAGACCCCAGAUAGAGGUCUCCUGCUGUGUGCAAGCAUGCUGGCAGUAGAGCCUGAAAUGCCUGGAUCUGAGGCUCCCCCUGAGGUUCCUCAGCAUUUCUCUAAUGCUAGCACACACCAAGCCACUGAGCUUCACACCCCAGCCUAGAAGAAUAUAGCCAACAUCAAGAUGGGCAGUGGGGCCUGGCGUUGGUGGUGCACGCCUUUAAUCCCAGCACUCGGGAGGCAGAGGCAGGCGGAUCUCUGUGAGUUUGAGGCCAGCCUGGUCUCCAGAGCGAGUGCCAGGAUAGGCUCCAAAGCUACACAGAGAAACCCUGUCUCGAAAAACAAAAACAAAACAAAACAAAAAAAGAUGGGCAGUGGUAUGAUAGGGAUGAUAGCCCUGCAAGUUCAGCUACUCAGGAGGCUGGCAAGAUGAAAACAAAUCCAAAGCCUGCCUGGGUUCCACUUCAAGGACAGCCUCAGCAUUUAGUAAAACCAUUUCCCAGAACUCAAAGUGAAAAGAGGGUUGCAGUGCGGUGGGAAAUUCAUGGGUACAGCGCUUGCUAGAUGAGUGUUGUCAAAGCCAUAGGAUUAAUCCCCAGAACCACAAUUAAUUAAGCAUGCUGGUGAGGAGGCUCAGUGGGUGAAGUGGGCAAUGUGGGCACUUGAUGCUAAAAGCCUCACAACCAGAGUUUGAUCCCUGAAACCCACAUAGUGAUGGGAGAACCUACUCCUGGAAGUUGCUCUCUGACCUCCACAUGUACACCAUGGUGCGCGCGCGCACACACACACACACACACACACACACACAAACACACACACACACACACACACACACACACACACACACACACACGUGUGCAUGCACACAUAUCAAAUAAGCAAAUGUAAUGUAUUAAGAAAGCCAUGUGGGUUCCUGUUCCUGUGUGGGCCAGGAAGCCCAGGCCUUCCCUGCUCUGACACAGUUAGGCAAACUGAUGCGGUGUCGACCCGGUGACCAUGGCAGUGUUUCACGACGAGGUGGAGAUCGAGGACUUUCAAUAUGAUGAGGACUCGGAGACAUAUUUCUACCCCUGCCCCUGUGGGGAUAACUUCUCCACCACCAAGGAAGAUUUGGAGAAUGGAGAAGAUGUGGCAAUGUGUCCUAGCUGCUCUCUCAUUAUAAAAGUGAUUUAUGACAAAGAUCAGUUUAUGUGUGGAGAAACAGUCCCAGCACCUUCAACCAACAAAGAGUUAGUUAAAUGCUGAAGAAGCCCUGAGGAACCCAAAUCCUAAGUAUUGGGGAAUGAGCCCAGGUUGAUGGAACAAGUGCUGGGUUAACAAGCUCUACAUAGGACAGCUGUCUUGUGGCUUAGUUCCAGGGUUGUGCAUCUUCAUCAGCCACUUGAAGUCAUUAAAAAAAAUGAGCCUGUGACAUGUCAGAUCUGGAUUUCAUGCGUACAUGGAAUUGGAAGGAUUCUUAAUUGUCCAUCUGAAUUUAAAGAGAAUGUCUUUUCUUUCUUUCAGUUGCAUCAUUUGAAUAUCUUAAAACUAAUUCAUUUUCUGAAAACAACAUUGUCCACUUCAAAAAAAGAGAGAGAGAGAGAGAGAGAGAGAGAGAGAGAAAGCCAUGUGUAGCACAAUGCCUGGCAUGGUAAGAGUCCAACAGGUGGAACUUCUAGUAUCCAAAUUGCUGAUAUCACUAUUCUUUUUUGUUUUUGUUGUGUUGUUGUUGUGAGACAACACUAUCUCAAUAUGUAUUACUAGCUGCACUGGAAACAGCCAUGUAGACCAGGCUGGCUUCAAGCUCACGGAGAUCUGCCUUCCUCUGCCUCCGAAUGCAUAUACCACCAAGCCCCACCAUCAUUUCCACAAUUCUCGAAUGUAUAGGACCUGCUUCAAUGUGUCCCAUGUCACUAAGGCAAGGGAGAAUAUUGAAUUCCUUCCCCUGAAAGGGAAGAUUUCCUAUGUAAAUCAAUUAGCUAUCGCUGCAUAACAACCAUUUCCAAUGUCACAGAUCUGCUAUGCCAGCAUCUUGAUAAAUGUCUGAAUGUCUGAGAGUCAUGAUUUUUGGGAGAGGCCCAGUGUAAAGGUCUGGCUCCUGGGGCUGGAGAGAUGGCUCAGUGGUGAAGAGCACUGACUGCCGUUCCUGAGGACCCAGGUUCAAUUCCCAGCACUGAUAUGGCAGCUCACAACUGUCCAUAACUCCUGUUACAGGGGAUCCAAUACCCUCAUAAAGACAUUCAUUCAUGCAGGCAAAACACCAAUGUACAUAAAAUAAAAUAAAUAAUUUUAAAAAGGAUCUGGCUCCAGUCCUUGUGUCACCAGCCAGAGAGGGAGGACAUUUGCUUUUCUCUGUGUGGCCUCAGUA